CUCAUAUUCAACUUUCCUUCUCUUCUUCUACUCCCUUUGUUUCUCUUCUUACACAAAAAAAAAAAAUGCAAGCUGGCUCAUUUGGAAGCAACAGCAUUAAUGUUAAUUCAUUUGAGGCUUUUUAUCAAGGCUGGCUACAACGCCAAGAACAUUUCUUGAAUGAACUUACCACAUUCGACCAAGAAUCAGAAGAAGAUGUUAUGCGAAACCUUAUUUCACGUAUUUUAGCUCAUUAUCAAGAAUAUUUCGAAGAAAAAUCAAAAAUGUCACAUAUAAAUGUGUUUUAUAUGUUUUCCCCUACAUGGUUCACUCCAUUAGAAAAAAGUUUCUUGUGGAUUGCUGGUUUCAAACCAGGAUUAGCUUUUCCCCUUGUUAUGAAUUCUGUUAAUGAUUUGAGUGAAAAUCAAGUUGAGAGGAUUAAUAGGCUUAGAAUCGAAACAAGGAUCGAAGAGAAGAACCUUAUGGACAAAUUGGUUAACAUUCAAGAAAGCGUCGCUGCCCCGCCCUUGAUAGGAGUCGCACAACAAUACGGAAUCGAAAUGCUUCCAGAUAGCGAAAUAGGAGAAGUGGAUGAAGAGAUGGAGACACUAAGAAGAGCGGUGGAGGAUGUGGUGACGGCUGCAGACAGAUUGAGGACAAGAACAGCAGAUAAUGUGGUGGGAAUACUAAGUCCUUUGCAGAGUUUGAGGUUUUUGAAAGGAGCAGCACAACUUCAGAUGAGAAUAAGGAUGGUUGGAAUGCAGAGAGAAGCAGAGAGGAGACAUCAAAUGGAUACUUAUAAUGGUUGAUAGAUUUGAUUUUAUAUAAAUUCUUGGAUUGUAGACUGAUGAUGAUGAUAAAUUAGUAAGAAUUGUGUUUGGCUUUUGAGACUUGUUUG